AUGACUGUGGAGAGAAUAAUAGUGCCAGUGAUCGACUUGGCAAAGUUUGAAGAAGAGAAGGAGAAGCUCAUGGUGGCAGUGGAAGAGCUAGGCUGUUUCCGAGUGAUCAACCAUGGGAUUUCUGAGAAAAUUAUGGCUGAUAUCAAGGCUUUAGUGGAACAUCUAUUGAAGCUUCCUACAGAUGUAAAGCAACGUAACACCGAUGUCAUUUCCAAAAGUGGCUACAUAGAGCCCAAUUGUUUGGGACCAUUGUACGAGAGUUUGGGCAUCUACGAUGCUAGCUCCUCCAUUGACAUUCAUACCUUUUGCUCUCUCUUGGACUUCUCGUCCCACGAUAGAGAAAUCUUGAGUACAUUUGCUUUGAAACUUCAUGAUCUCAUCGUGGAUUUGGCAUUCAAAGUAGCCCAAGGUUUAGGAAUCAAGGACUGUUCGUUUCAAGAAUGGUCUUGCAACUUAAGGAUGAACAAAUACAAUUUCACAAAAGAAACUGUUAUUGGCACUUGUGGUGUGAUAGCUCAUUCAGAUAGUAGCUUCAUCACUAUCCUUUUUGAAGAUGAGUCAAAUGAAGGAUUUGAGAUUAUGGGCUCCACGGGAAAUUUUCUAGCCGUUGAUCCUGUUCCAGGAACAUUUUUUGUUAAUAUUGGCGAUAUGGGAAAGGUAUGGAGUAACGGAAGACUUCAUAAUGUGCAACAUAGGGUGUUAUGCAAGAAACCAAAGUCACGAAUCACUAUUGUCCUAUUUAUGCUUGCACCAAAGGACAACAAGAUUGAGCCUCAAGCUGAAUUAAUUGAUUCCGAGCACCCAAAGCUCUUUGAAAGUUUCAACUACAUGGAGUAUAGAAAGAAUCGGGGCUCGACUACAUCAAUAGCCGGUGAAGUCCUCCUCAAAUGGGCUAUAGAUGAAGCUACAAAAAUGGCUUAA